AUGUCUGUUUUGAACAGAUCAUAUAGUUAUUCAAAGGUGAAUAAAGAAGACCCAGAUGAGAUAAUCCAUAGACGAGCUCAGUUCUUGAUUUACAAAGUGCUAGAACAAGCUGAUUCUAGAAGAAAACCAUCGUUCUUUCGAAUCAAAUUAUGUAGGCUGAAGCUGAAGAUUGGUAGAAAAUUGAAGAAAUUGAAGAAAACUGCGAUGGUCAGUAUUUCUGGUUUAAGAGUUGAUGUUUACAGACAGGUUUUUAAUCAGUUGAAAACUUGGAGACGAUUGUUUAACCGUGGUGGUAAUGAUCAUGGAACCAUUGCUGCCGCCAUUCAUCGUCCUUUGCUCACUUAA